GGGACAUUCGAGGAGAGAGAAUCAUAGCACAGAGACAAAAUUUUACAAUGAAAACGGUUCUGUUUUUCUGUAAUCUCUCCAUCUCUUUCUUUAUGAAAUAUGAAUGAAUGAAACGUAACACUCCCCACUCCUUCUCUAUCCUAAUUCUUUAUACACACAUCCACACAAACACUCUGUUUAUCUCUUUCUCUCUCACACACACACAUCCACAUAGAGAAGAUGAGAGCAGACGGUGGCCUGGUUUGGACGGAGGAGGACAUUGUCGCCGCCGCCGACAAAGAAGAAGAAGCAACUUCAUGGCCUCCUCUGCCUUUUAAUCAUCAUCAUCAUCAAUACAUCAUGAACAACAAUAACAAUUAUCAAACGUCUUCUUCUUUCUCCGCCGCCGCCAUCAACGUCGACGACUGGUACAUCACUAAUCACGACGACGACAUCAUAUCUUUCCCGACCACCAACUUCCCGCCGCCGGAAUGCAACCUCCAAACGUUCUUCAAUCCCACCAUAGAUUCUUCCUCCUCUUGCUCCCCUUCUCAACUCAACACUAAUUACUUUUCUCCUCCUCCAAAUCCUAACAAUAUUCAAUCUAUUCUCAAUGGAUUCGAUUUCCUCGACCCCCACUUGUUUCCUGUUUCUUCUGAUUUAACAACCUCAAAUCCUCAAUUCCCCUCUUCCAAUUUGAUUCAUUUACCGCCGGAAAACAAUGUUAUGAGCUAUCCUACUCCGGGUUUAGGAGGAUUUGACGAUUCAUUGACGACGUUCCUGAACAGGUCCAAGCUACUUAAGCCGCUAGAUAACUUCGAUUCAAACGCAGCUCAGCCGACUCUGUUUCAGAAGAGAGCGUUGAGGAAGAACAGCAUGACGUCUGAUUUGGGUAAGAAGAUUGCAGAAAAAAGGGAAGAACCGAACGAGAAGAAGAGAAGAGUUAAAAAAAGCCAUAAGGCUACUGAGGUGGUGGAGGAUGAUGAUGAUGAUGAUGAUGUUAGCUUAGUUGGGUCUGGGUUGAAGAACUACGAUUCUGAUACUGGUCCAUUGCCAUUGGAGAGUAGUAAGAAUGGAGGAAAUAAUAAUAAUAAUAGCUCAAAUGGUAACAGCACGGUUUCGAGUGGAGGAGAUCUGAAGGGGAAGAAGAAGAAAGGAGGGGGGGUUCCAGCUAAGAACUUGAUGGCGGAAAGACGGCGGAGGAAGAAGCUUAAUGACAGGCUUUACAUGCUCAGGUCUGUCGUUCCAAAGAUCAGCAAAAUGGACAGAGCGUCUAUUCUUGGGGAUGCUAUUGAAUAUCUAAAGGAACUUUUACAAAAGAUCAAUAGCCUCCAUGGUGAAUUGGAGUCAUCACCAGGUCCAUCAUCAUCAUCAUCUACUAAUAACUUUUAUCCUGUUACACCUACAUCUCUUUCCCUACCCAACAACGUCAAGGAAGAGCUGUGUUCUACUUCUUCCUUGCCCACACCAAAUUCUCAAGCCACAAGGGUUGAAGUAAGAGCAGCAAAGGAAGGGAGGGCGGUGAACAUUCAUAUGUUGUGCGGGCGUAAACCAGGGAUCUUGCUGUCAACAAUGAGGGCAUUGGAUAACCUUGGGCUAGAUGUUCAACAAGCUGUCGUCAGUUGCUUCAAUGGCUUUUCCAUGGAUGUUUUCAGGGCAGAGCAACCUGGAGAAGAAGAUGGUCAGGAUAACAGUAUCCAUCCUGAACAAAUCAAGGCAGUGCUCAUGGAAUCAGCUGGACUUUUUAGUAACUUUUCAUAAGCUCAUCUUCUGUGUUCUGUCUGUUUGUGUUUGUUUCUUUCCAUUGAAAACAUUUUAUGUCUGUUCAUGGAUUUCAUUCCAUGGUUGAUUUUAUUCCCAAACCAAACUUUACAUAAGAGAGAAAAACAACUCAUGAUACUAUUACUUGUAUCAG